UGCGGUGGAGAACUUGAGUUCAGGAUAGUACAUUUGUUUUUAUAAUAAUAUUGUCAGACUGUAUGGUCUCCUUCACCUGCAAAACCUCCGGAAUUACUAACGGCGUCCGCCGCCACUCCGACCUUUGCUUCUUUUCUUUCAACCACUACAUAUCUCGCUGGUCGAGGUUGACAUCCUCUUUUAUAUUCGCGCUGGCAGCUCUUUAUUAGCUCUACAUUGCUAUGACUGGUACUCACCUUCCUAUCAAUCAACACGCUGUUCAUCACAUUCACGCUCGUAUCAUGUCUAACGUCGUUAUUGGCCCUGGAGGUCAAGCAACCCUUGUCGCUCCCACCCAGCCAGAGUCUAGUAACGCUAUUGUCAGCUCAAUGUCCGUUAUCAAUAUAGCAUCUGCGACACAACAAGCAGUAUUUACUUCACCUUCAACAGCCACAAGCGACAUCUCGCUCACGAGUAUUAUAUCUUCCUCUUCUGCGACACCCACUACAUCUGGCCUCGUGGAGGUAUCGACAACUGUGGUUGUCACAAGCGAAGUCGUCGAAACCUCUACUACAAGUUCAUCGAGUCCGACAACGUCGAACGCUUCAAGUGAUUCAGAAUCGGCAACGCCUACGACUUUUGUUGAUCUAUCGACCACCUCUCUCGCUACAAUUCCGCCUACUACUUCUGUUGAUUCGACGACUGCAUCUCUCGCCAGCACUUCAACCUCCGAUGCUUCAACGAACUUGUUGUCCACCGUGUCGAGCUCUUCUUCUACUACAGCUUCACCUAGCAGUUUGGCAGCCGCGACCACAAGUUCGGCGACCAAUACCUCGGCAACCAAGGAAUCCACGCUGUAUAUUGGAAUCGUAUUGGGCACUAUCAUCGUGAUUGCUUGCUUUGCUGCCCUCAUAGCUUGGUGGUUCCGUCUCCGUACGCACAACCGAAGACGCAAGAAAUCUGUUGCUGUGCCUUGGGCGAAUCGGCCGGAGUCCUCCCUAUCUUCAUUCACGGAUUCUGACUUACUUGAAAAAGGCGAGCCACCAGAUCCUCACCGGCACACUUGGGAGCCCCGGGGUGAUCGUGAUGCUGGCGAACCGAAGCGUACAAAGAGCUAUCUUGAAGAUAUCGGUUCUCCAGUAAAGAGACAGUCUCUUCCUAUUUUGAGCCUUCCUUCUCCUCCGCCGGCCAUUUAUCCGUUCCGUGAUCAUCCGCUUCCACAAUACCCAACGUCCUGUUCGUCUUUGUUCCCCUCGGUAUCUCUUUCGUCGGUGGAGCCACUACAAGAGAGUGUUGCGUAUCCCUUACCGAGCUCUUCCGGCUCACGAUUCACUAUGAACAUACACCCCAAUCCUUCCUCGGUACACAUGCAGUUUUUGACGGACCCGGAAUUUGGGACGCCACGGGAAUCAAAGAUCAAGCCAAGAUAUCUGAGUUUGAAUCAAGGCCUGGAAGUCCCGUGGAAUACUGAAGCACCUGCACUUGCUCUGGCAACCUAUCCUCUUCCCGUCCCUUCCGAGAAUGUCCCGAGCUCCCCAGCGUCUUUAUCUGAAAAGCACCCUCAAACGCAAGAGAUUACACCCUUUGCUGAUGUUCCUGCCUCGGUUUCUUCAAGUCAGGCUGGAACGUGGUCUUCAACUUUCAAAGCUAACCUCGUAUUUGCAUUCAAUGCUGUUGCCAAAGCUGCGGGCGGGAUACGUUCAGAUGAGGAGUAUGACAAGUUAUCCCCGCUGCCUUCCAGAAACGCAAGCCGUAACUGCAAAAAUAUCAUUCGACGUGAUAAAAGCACCAGUGCACCAGUACCAGAGACCGUCUGGGUAGAGUACCUCGGUGGGGAGCUAGUUGGAAAGGCCCCUGCGCUAAUAACGUCUACCACUUCGGAGGCGAGUCAGGCUGAUGAAGGGAUAGGCACUGUCCAUGUCCGCACGUCGUUUUCGAGAGAUGGUUUGCUUCCCUUUCCUGGUACCGUCGAUUCAGCGUUAACGACUCUUGGUCCCGCGUUCGGGACAGGGAUGGGGUUAGAAAGCUACAGAGGGAACGAUAAUGCAUUCUCGUCUUUGCCUUCUACACAACGCUCAAUGACUCCUUCGAGGCAGAUUUCGAAUACUUCGUAUACAUCAACUGCAGCGUUGGUUGUGAAGAAGAAAAGCAGGUCUACAGGGACGACGCGAUCUAGCGCGAACGCCCAUUCCAGAAUUUCCGGUAGUCAGAGAAGGCCCAGAUAUGCCUAUAGUGGAGAGAUGACAGCGGUGUCGCGGCGAGGUAGUCUGGCAUCUAGCAGAGCGCCCGAGUUGCCUGCUCUCCCAUCCUUUUCACACUCCAGGUCGCGGUCAAUGGCAUCAUCACUUUCGAGAAUUUCGACUACGAGGUCGAUGAAGUCGACGCGAUCGAUACUGACAAACAGGGAAGAAAGGGCGAGGAAGGCGUUGAUCGAGAGGCAGAGGAAAGGUAAUGCUAUGUGUUAAAAUACCAUAGAAUCUUCUCGCAGCGAGUGCUCCAUGAAACUAUCUGUAACAUGUUGUUGUAGACUCUGAGAAUAAGAUCCAUACUACUGAGAUUGGUGGGACAAAGUGGUAAGAGGUGGUAAGUAGUCGCCGGUAGUCGCCCCAUCGCUUCAGUAGCUCAAGCCUCCGACGGUGAUUGCUCUGUU